AUGUUGCUAUACCCUUCGCUUGUACAGAAAGCCUCCAUUUCACCUCACACGCCUCGUCACGAUGUCCUCAGGUCCAACCAACCCUCUCUCGACAACCUAGGGCAAGAAGUGGUUGAACUCUUCACAGCACCAAUCACUCCAUGGCGCAUGUCACGAAUGUCGGGCAAGUUACAACGACGCUAUCUAGAGAAGCUACACUGCAGCACCGAAUGUAUGCUACCAUCAUUCAAUCAUACACUACCUACAGGUCAGGAAGCCGGUACAUACCUAGUGCUGGACGUGGGGGGGUCGACCUUGCGUAUAGCAUUGGUAGAGCUAUGCGGAAAGUCUUACAAAACUAAAAGGCUCAGGAUAAUACAGAUGACUGUUUCGCCGAUCGACGAUGUGGUCAGGCGGUUACCAGGAGCAUCCUUUUUUGAUUGGAUCGCCGAGAAGAUCGCAGACAUGCUGGCAGGUCGUUCUGAGCACAAUGGCCAUGAUGUGGAACCUCUGCCGGUUGGUCUGUCAUGGAGCUUCCCAGUCGAGCCAACCUCCCCCUCUGGUGGUAACAUUCAAGGCAUGGGCAAAGGCUUCUGCUGCGCCCAAGCUACCCUUGGUCACGACCUAGGAGGGCUGAUCACUGCAGCCUGCCGAAGUCAGGGGCUGAAUAUUCGCAUUGACGCGCUCGUCAACGACUCGUGCGCCACGCUCCUUUCACGUGCAUAUGUGGAGCCCUCUACGACUAUGUCCCUGAUCCUGGGUACAGGUACAAAUAUGGCUGUUCACCUUCCAGUUUCCUGCCUUGGUGCAUCCAAGCUCCAGCACCGUGAUUCGACAUGGCUGUCGCAGGCAGAAAGGGUUACCAUCAACACCGAAAUAUCCAUGUUUGGCAAAGACAUCCUGCCUAAGACUCGAUGGGACGAUCUCCUCAAUCGGAGUCAUGACCUGCCAGACUUUCAGCCACUGGAAUACUUGACCACUGGCCGCUACCUGGGAGAGAUACUACGUCUUGUCAUUAUUGAAGCCGUGGAGACAGCUGGCCUGUUCAAAGGCCGUUUUCCAUCCUCCCUAAUGGGAAAGUAUUCGCUGGAUACCGCAGUGUUAGCCGUCGUUGAGGGUGACAGCUCGCGCGACCUUAAGAAAUCAAGCGCCUAUCUACAAGGAAUUCUGUGUCUGGACUCGCCUCCUACAGCUACAGAAAUGACAUUCCUUCGUGUGGCUGCCCAGUCGAUCUCGAAGAGAGCAGCCGCCUACAUUGCAGUUGCAAUCCACGCACUCUGGGCUGUGGAGAGGAAGGUCGGUGCAACAGGAAGCUCCAAAACGACCAUUGCUUGUAAUGGCACUGUGAUUGAAAAAUAUCCUGGGUUUAGAUCGCGGUGUGAAAGCUACAUCUCCGACAUCAUCAAGUAUGAUGCUGAGGGAGGACAGGCUGAUUCAGAGGUCUAUCUGGAGAUGGCUGAUGACGCUGCUAUACUGGGUGCUGCUGUUGCUGUGGCUAUCGGGGAGAGCCGGCGUUGA